AUUUAUACACAACCACUCAAACCCAAGUUCAGUACAACUCACACAGAUAUUUCUGGACGUCCUAAAUAAAAAUAUUCCCGUAAUAUCAUCAACACCACUCAAACCUCAUUCAAGAUUCUCUUUGCUUAUUGCAAAUAUUUCGGCCACUUUCACACAAUGGGUCGAUCAAGAUUUGUGUUCUCUUACUUUGUGCUCCUAGGAAUCUUGGCAAUUAAAGCAGUGGCAGAGGAAUUUCCAACUACAAGUACGUCACUAACAUACCCAAGAAAGUUGAUGAUGGUACAUAGAGCCUUAUUGAUAGAAGAUCCACCAGGUGAUUUUUCUGAAAACUCUUUAAUGGAAAGUGAAAAUGAAAUUGAAAAAGGACCCUCUUCAAUUGUUGAAGCUCCAGAGAGUAUGGAAACAAAGCAUCAUCAUUCUGAUAAAUCAGUUGCUGGUGGAGGUGUUAUUAUUGGUGGACUUGUUACUGCUAUUUUUGCUGCUGUUUAUUGUUAUAUUCGAGUCACCAGAAAAAGAGAUGGAGAUCACUAGUAAAGCACUUCACUUUUGUGGUUUUGAGUACAAAAAUUGUGAAUAGUUUCUAUGUUGCUACACGUCGGAUUUUCUAGAGUUAGUGUGCUUUUGGAAAAUCCAACACGAAUGCAACAUUGAAAGUGAAGAGUAUGCACAAUUUAGAAUAGUUUAGCUUAAGAGUUACUUAUCAUAUUAUUUCUUGAUGUAGGAAACAGAUAGGGAAUUUUUUGUGUGAGAAACUUUGGAUGUUGAACAUGGUAAUUAAUUACUUACGGUUGAGGAUGUUUGGAGCUAAAUUAGUCAAUUUCUGUAUAAAUUAGAAAUAAGUAAUUUGUCAAUUUCUCUGUAUGAAUUAGAAAUGAGUAGUUAGAAUAUAUAAUUACUUAAUACUAUACUGGACUGAAUAUAAUCAUGUAUUCCCGCGAACUGCGCCUUAAUUUAAGUGUAAGUAGUUAAUGGACUGUCUAAUGUUUUUUAUUUGAA